CUCUUUAGUCUUGGGUUGUCGCUCACUGCCAGCCAAGAACUGCUCUGCUGAGAACUAUGACUAUGACUGCCUGGGCUGCCCACAAUCUGCCUUACUGUACCUAGAUCAAUCAAAUCUUGAGCUUUCAACUUCUCCAAAACAUCAAAGACCACUCAUCUUAGCCCACGCGGCGUGAUCAGCUUCAACCCUCUGAACACAACCGCCCACCUGAUCUCGAUAAGCGACAAGAGCCAAGACCUUCUACAGCUCACCAACAGCUGUGCGCGACAGUGACACCUUUGCAAACACCCAGAUCGCCUGUAUCUCAUCUUCCUUUACUCGAUUGAAGCCCAAGCCGCAACACAACUACGUCCUCUGCGCCCAUGGACUCCGGCGGAGUCAGGAGAAAGGAUACUACCAAAGGCCCGCCUCUUCGAGUUCUAUCACUCGAUGGAGGAGGUGUCCGCGGUUACUCCAUAUUCAUUAUCAUCCAGGAGCUUAUGCACCGAACUUUUGUCGAGAUCGAAGGCCGCGCUCCCAAGCGACACGAAAUUCCUAAGCCAUGCGAUCAUUUCGACCUAAUCGUCGGUACUGGUACAGGCGGGCUGAUCGCCUUGAUGUUGGGUCGGCUGCGUCUUGACCUCGAGACGUGUAAGGAGCUCUACGUUCGUCUAACGCGCAUGGUUUUCCAGACCGACAAGACUAUUGCGGGUAUUCCUUAUAGGUCAACCUUGUUCAAGGCCAGCAAGCUCGAGGAGGCUAUCAAGGCAGCUGUGCAAGAACACACUGUGAAGGAGAGGGAAGGCAACGAUGGCUCCGAUUCUCCCCUCACCAAUCCUCUCAACGCUGCGAUGUACUCAAGCGCCGGUGCCCCUCGCCGAAACCAGAGCAAUGCAAGCACCGUUAGCUUUAGCGCUCGCAGUCCCGCUUCGCAAAUGGCGUAUCGACCUGCGUAUAACUCGAGAUACGGUGAUCCUAACGCGCGCCUAUACGAUCAUCGAGAAACCCGCACCAAAACCGCGGUAACAGCAGUUUACAAGGGUUCUCCUCGAGGUUCACCCGCCGCUCUUUUGCGAUCCUACGAUUCUCGAAAAGAACCUCCCCCCGAGUUCGACUGCAAGAUUUGGCAGGCCGGUCGAGCCACUUGUGCGAUCGGAUUGGCCUUCAAGCCCAUCACCAUUGGUCAAUCAGUUUUUCACGAUGACGGUGUCGGCACUUUCAACCCUAGUCCAGAAGCCCUGGACGAAGCUGUGGUCAACGAGUGGCCCGGUCGCGAAGUGGGUGUCUUUGUUAGCGUCGGUACUGGCAGACGGCCCAAGGGCAGCGAUUCGAAUUCGCAGGUGUGGUAUGAAGGCUUCUUGGGCGAUUUUGCCGAGGCGCGUAGGAAGUUGAUCUCCAAGAUCGAGGGUUGCGAGAAGAUUCACGAGUACAUGAUGCGCGAGCACCUUGGAAGGCGAAAUGUCAGUAUUGACGCCUACUACCGCCUCAACGUGGAAGUUGGUGUUGGUGAGUUUGGAAUGAAUGAGUGGAACCGACUGGGCGAAAUCAGCACUGGUACUCGACGGUAUAUGUCAAGGGAGGCCGAGCAAAAGAUGAUUCAGGGUAUCUCUUCAAAGCUUGCCAAAAUUCACCGAGCCAGGAUCCGUCACGCACGAGCUCCCGAAGGAAUCCCAGAACUUGUCAAGUCAACUUCAACCACAUGGGAGAUGCCUAUGGCAUUUGAGCUUGCAGGAGAUAUUCCAACUACUGUUCCACUUCCUCACAGCCCCGCGAGCCGGUCUUCGUUCGAGUCGGGGUCAGAUAGUUUGCAUAUCCGCAACAACAACCAUAACGGUUCGCCACGAAGCUCCAACGAACGAAUGCACGCAGAAACGUCUGUACCGCAUAACGUUCCCAACUCUCCUCCCUUGGGACCUCGUGGCCCCAGCGCCAGCGCUCCGGCUCUACAUCCAGAGGAUCGUUUGGCAGUAUCAUCACCUACACCGGCGCAGUACCGCGAAGGUGUGUCGGGCCAAGACUUGAUCGCUAUUGUGAGCCCAGACGAGUAUCCCAGGCCACCUCCCAACAUGGCCGCGCCGCCACCGACACGGAUUGAACCGCCGCCGCUGCCACCCAAGACGCCUCUCCCGGAGAGCCAGCAACAUCAAGGUCGAAGAGUGCCUGCGGCCGCGCCUCCUUACCCGUUAGACGAUGACGAGCCCCCGCCCGUGAACAUGGCCCGAAAGCCGGACUACCGGGGAAGAUAAGCAUAUUUUGAUGCGGCUUCCUCAUGAGAUGAUCCCUGCAAUUUGAGUUUGGGUAUGAAAAAUGACGUCUCGAUUCUUGAUACGAGCUCGAAUCUACGAAAAUCCAUGAAAUGAGACCUAGAACGAUUAUGAGACUGGCGUUGCGGGUGGAGGAAUUGGUGAUGAUGUUUCUUGUUUCUUCUGCUUCUGCUUCUGCUUCUGCACGACUAGAUACCACCUGGUUUUACUUGGACGCGAACCUUUGAAUGUACUUGAUGUUAUGAAAUUGAUGGAAAGAUGCUGGAUUCUUAGCUGUAUAUCUGUUGGUCAAUGUGGCUGUACUUGUAUAAUGGAAACUAGCUUUUUAUUCAUAACGGCUGCCUAUUCUCUUCGGAGAUAUGAAGGUUAAUUAAAAUGACAAAUGGGAUUUCUUGGAA